AUGCCCGGCCCCGAAGGCCCUACAGAGCGUCUCAUCGAUAAGCGGGACUUCGAUGCGAACCGACCUCUGCUCCAAGAUGCAGACGCUGAAGGCUCUAAUGGAGAUUGGAGUCCAGAGCUAGGUCGGUCGCGACCGGUAUCACACUACUCUCGCCGUUCGGGCCGAAGCCACCGAGGCAUCGGGAGCGAUGAUGGGCUAUUGAGCGAUGUUGUGGAUGGAAUCCUUGAGCGAGAUCGACGGAAAAUGCAUAAAGAGGUAGUGCGGGUGAUAAGCUUCGCUUGGGGUGUUGUAACCUGUCUAGGAGCAGGUAGUAUCACCGCCUUCUCCUUGUACGGCCAUCUGCUACUUACUCGCCUUCGAUAUACGCAGCUUCAGGUGAAUGUGGUAUCUAUCGCCGCCGAGAUUGCUAUGUACUUGCUCGUUCCACUGUUCGGCUACCUAUGUGAUCGAUACGGUCCAUCGCCGCUGGCUCUGUUCUCGGGAAUCGCAUUUGGGGUGGGUUAUCUGCUUGCUGCAAUUGCAUAUAAGAGCGGACCACCUGCAGAGGCUGGUGGUUCCGGAUGGCCAUUCUGGGUGAUGGUUGUGGCCUUCAUUGCCAUUGGCAUGGCCACCAGCUGCAUGUACCUGGCGGCUGUGGCAACAUGCGCGAAGAAUUAUGGCAGGGGAAAGCACAAGGGAAUUAUGCUGGCUAUUCCCAUCGCAGCUUUUGGCCUCAGUGGCAUGUGGCAGAGUCAAAUCGGAACCUAUGUACUAUACGAACGCAACGCGGAUGGCAGGCAUGGCGAUCUGGACGUCUUCCGAUACUUCGUUUUCUUGGCACUGCUACUGCUGGUCACCGGGAUUAUUGGCACGUUUGCAUUGCGUAUUGUCGAUGAUGACGAGGAGAGAUAUAUUGACGAGACGGUCGAGGAGCUGGAGCGCAGUGGAUUGCUCGAAGAGAGUGAUUUCUUCCGGCCGCUAAGCGAGGUCAGAGCCGCGGUUGAAUAUGGUACUUUCCCGGAUGGAAAUGACGACGAAUCAAUGACUCUAUCUGAGCAGGAGCGCGAAGAGAGAAGGCGAGAGAAAGAACGAGAGGAGGAAGAGCGUCAGAAGAAGAACUGGUUACUGAAUUACGAGACCCGAAUCUUUGUCCAGGAUCCCACCAUGUGGUGGCUGGCUGCCGGUUUCUUUUUGGUUACUGGACCUGGGGAAUCAUAUAUCAACAAUCUCGGCACUAUAAUCCCGACUCUGACUCCUCCGUCCUACGCUGCCGAAGCGCCCCCGCCAGCUGGUCUUCCCUCAACCCAUGUCACUAUUAUUGCAUUGACUUCAACUAUCGCCCGUCUUCUUACCGGAUCCCUUUCGGAUUUCUUUGCACCCGCGGCGACACACCUUUUCCCACCUAUUCCAGAGAAUGCCCGUCACCGACCUGCCACCCCACACGAUAGCCGCCUAACAAUUUCCAGAAUGGCCUUCCUUCUCCCCUCAGCCCUUCUUCUCUCUCUCGGCUACUUGAUCCUUUCUACCCCUUUGCCACUGAAAGAGCCGUCUAUCUUCCACCUAACAACCGCCCUUGUGGGCUUUGGCUAUGGCAGCGCUUUCUCUCUAGCCCCAAUCAUCAUCUCAGUGGUAUGGGGCGUGGAGAACUUCGCCACGAAUUGGGGGAUCGUCGCCAUGAUGCCUGCCCUCGGUGCUGCGCUUUGGGGCGUAGUUUACUCCUGUGCCUACCAGAACGCCAUUGAUGCCGGCACUGGUUUCGGUUCUCCUGAUGGGCAGUGCCAUGGCUGGAAAUGCUAUGGAUUCUGGGCUCUAGGCUGUACCGCCAGUGUCUGGAUUGCUAUUGUGGCUUGGCUUGCUGCAUGGAAGGGCUGGAAGAAGAAAGGUGUCAUUGUUUAA